AUGGUGAUUGGUGGAGCUCUACGGGCUCUUUUGAUUGGCGCUCGGAGCCUGCGACGUGAGGAGGUGGUGGAUCUGGCUGCACCGAGAUCCUGGGAAAGCGAAAUGGAGGGGUGUGUGUCUAACCUAAUGAUCUGCAACCUGGCCUACAGCGGGAAGCUGGAGGAGUUAAAGGAGAGGAUCCUGGCAGAUAAGUCCCUGGCCACUAGGACUGACCAGGACAGCAGAACAGCAUUGCAUUGGGCAUGCUCAGCUGGACAUACAGAAAUUGUUGAAUUCUUGCUGCAACUUGGAGUGCCAGUGAAUGAUAAAGAUGAUGCAGGUUGGUCUCCUCUUCAUAUUGCUGCUUCUGCUGGCCGAGAUGAGAUUGUCAAAGCCCUUCUGGGAAAAGGUGCUCAAGUGAAUGCUGUCAAUCAAAAUGGCUGUACUCCCCUACAUUAUGCAGCUUCCAAAAACAGGCAUGAGAUUGCUGUCAUGUUACUGGAAGGCGGAGCUAAUCCAGAUGCUAAGGACCAUUAUGAGGCCACAGCAAUGCACCGGGCAGCAGCCAAGGGUAACUUGAAGAUGAUUCAUAUUCUUCUGUACUACAAAGCUUCCACAAACAUCCAAGACACUGAGGGUAACACUCCUCUACACUUAGCCUGUGAUGAAGAGAGAGUGGAAGAAGCAAAAUUGCUGGUGUCCCAAGGAGCAAGCAUUUACAUUGAGAAUAAAGAAGAAAAAACACCCCUACAAGUGGCCAAAGGUGGGCUGGGUUUAAUACUCAAGAGAAUGGUGGAAAGCUAAGCAGCUUGGAUUUAGUCUUACUUUGUUUUGUGGCUGUCCCCUAAUGUACUGGUAACUAAUGUAUGUGUACACAAGACACCAUCUAUGAAUGACGAAGUUUUUUCAUCUCCCAAGUCUUGUAAACGUGUUUACUAUUGUUCCUGCCGAGUUAUUUGUUCUUAGCUUACAACUUGCUUUCCAGGCAUUGAAUAACUGUUGGCAUUGUUCUACUCUUUUAUAUUAUCUGUACUGAAUUUUGGUUAACUCUGUGCAAGUGAUUCUGUGGCUGUUGUGAGUCUUAAGCACCCUAUCACGUACCCUCUAUCCCCCUUUGAGGCAGAACAACCCCAGUAGCACCAGGCCAAUGGUUUUCCCAAUGUUUCUAGGUAGAUUCUAGAAUGUUCCUCCAUACAGUUGAAACACAACUCAGAAGCCUAUGCCACAUAUUUCUGUGUUUUUCCGACAGUACGGGUUAAUUUUUUUGUUAUUGGAGGAAGACUUAUAUCUUGUGAGGACCAAGUUUUCGGUUCGGGGAUGCUGUCCUUAGCAUUCAUAACCACGAAAAAAAUGAAAUAAAAUCACAUGGGUACGAGUGUCUUUUUUAAUGAGCUGUUUCCCUCCAAAGUAAACUGUAUUGUUUUUUUCUUUUUAAUUUUUAUUUUUACUGUAUUUUACUUUACAAUACUGUAUUGGUUUUGCCAUACAUUGACAUGAAGCCACCACGGGUGUACCUGCGUUCCCAAACAUGAAAAUUUUUAAGUACCUAUAU